AUUACCAGUUAAAAUAGUUGGAUUGGAAAGAUUUUCCAGAAACUAGUUGUUGGAGGUUGCUAGCGCACAGAAAACAAAAUGGCUGCCUACAAUCGGGACCGAUACUAUGACGAACGUGAUAACUAUGGUGACCGAGCUCGCCGGGAACGUUACGACGACCUUGAAGCAGACGAGUACGCCGUCGUUCCCGCCAAAUCGCGCUACGAGGAUCUCCCGCGCAAAGCCAUCAUGAGCACCCAGGACGUCCACGAGAGGGAGAUGAGCUCGCUGAAACUGGAGGAGCAGAAGAUCAAGAACAAGAUCGCCACCGAGCGUUUGGCCUUCGACGUCCAGAAGCGUCAGCAGGCCAAGGAGAUUCAUGAUGUCAAAGUCACACUGCUGAAGAAGUAUCCUGCCAUGGCUAUCAGCAAGACUGAGCAGUAGAUGAUUGUUGAAUAAAUGUAUUAGUCUUU